AUGCUCUUCCUCUCCACUCUCCUCAUCUCUUCGUACACCGCCCCGCCUCCCAAGACCUCGGACCACCCCGGCUUUGCCCGCUGGAUGGCAACCUCCCUCACCUGGGGAGUUCUCUCAACGACGUCGACUCGGUCGGAAGGGUCAACCAAAGGCGACGCCUUCGGCAACCCAUACUCCUUUGCGGAUGUCGACGGCGUCCCCUACUUUUACGCGAGCGGCAUGGACGCCUCGAUGGUCGACCUCUUCGGCUCCGACGCGUCGAAUUCCCGCGGCACCCUCUCCCUGACCGAGGCAUCCUCGCUCGAGGAGGUCGCGGCGUGCAAGAUUGGCCACCUGCUUGGUGACCCGGAGAACCCGCCCUGCGCCCGGCUCGUGCUGAGCGGCAGCCUCGCAAAGGUUGCUGCGGGCAGCGACGAGGAGACGGCCGCCAAGAAGGCGCUCUUCGCCAAGCACCCGUCCUUCAAGAUGUACCCGCCGGGCCACGCCUUCUACGUCGUGAAGAUGGAGGUGGACGGCGUUUGGCUGAUCGACGCCUACGGCGGCGCGGCGACGCCCUCCGCAAAGGAGUACCUCGACUACAAGCCCUCGCUGGUGUGA